AUGGAACAUCAACUUCUACCCAUUCUUUCUGAAAUCCCUCCAACAGUGCCAAUUAUCAAUGGAGAUCCCAUGUACCCUAUGGAGAAUUAUCUUCUGGACCCCAAUGCCAUGGCAGCGUAUUCUAAUUAUCCACAGAUCAUGACUCAGCCCAAGAUGUAUAACACCUGGCCUUCUUGUCCCCAGUACUGGCCUCAAAUCGUAUUUGUUCAAGUUAACCCCGGAGAGAUCCUUACCAUAAAGGCUGAUGACGGAUCCAUUCAGAACAUUCAAGGACCUGCAGACAUACCUCUGAUAGUACCAGCCAAUAAUUUGCCACCAAUCUACGUUCCUCCUGGUUACAUAACUCAGGUAGUGGAAGAAAAUGGAAUUCAAAAAAUCAUCGUUAUGCCUCAGACACUUGACUAUCAGAUGCCUGUGGUAGCUCCUGCGCAACAACCCUUCACAGCAGCACCACCGCUCACAUACCCGUCAGCCCCUCAACUUUUGUACUCCCCAGCUCAAGGGGACUUUCCAAUAACUUACAUCCAAGAAUCUGUUCCGCAGCAAAUGCCGCCACCUCCACCACUACCACCGCUGCCAAUGCUACCACCACCACCACCAUUUAUCUACCAGGAACAUCUUGAAACCUACUCUCAUGAAAGAGUAAAUCAUAACCAGUUUGAUGAAAAGACUGUUAAGAUGGGAGAAUAUUCAAAGAAGAAAAUGAGAGAUUGCCAAUUUGAUGAACAUAAAACCAGCUCUCUGUUUAAAGAUGCCCCUUUGCUUCUGAACAAAGCUGUAGACAUGCCUGGUACUUCUGCUGCUCUCUUUCCUUGCACUGUGGAUACUGCUCCAGGCACUCACACUGACAACAAAAUCACUAGUUCUUCUGAUCAUGCCCCUAGCACUUCUACCUCAAACACCACUUUUUGCUCUGACGUCAUGAACAGUGCUCCAGGUCCUUCCAGAAGUAAUUACAAUCCAGUCACCUCUGACGGAACUCACAAAUCAUCAACUACUGAUAGUAUUCCAAGCUAUGCUUCCAAGGCUGCUUGCAAUGCUUUCACCUCGGAAAAUGCUCAUACCUCCUCUUCAAUUAAUAAGACUCUCAGACCUUCCGGUUCUGCCAGCAUUUCCAACAAUACCUGGUCUUAUACUGGAAACACUCAUGAAAAGAGAGAAAAUAAUAUGGGAAGUGGAGACAAUAAGCAGAAUUCAGGUGGAAAACAGAAAAUUCAGUCAUCAAAUUCAGCACUGAAAGAACACAAUACAAAAUACAGAAUACAGCCAUGCUCUUUCAACAUUGAAAAACCUGUGGUUUCUAAUAUUCAAACACGUUCUGCUAUUAUUUCAUGGAGUCUGAACAGUACUGAGAAAUACGAUAUUAAUUCUCCUAUGAUAUUUGAGUUGGCACUGUCUAGCAGUGGUAAAAAUGGAAUCUAUAAAAACAUUUAUACUGGUGGUGGAGUUACUGUAGCCCUACGUGAUCUACAACCUUGCAUGCUGUACUUUUUAAGAGUUACGACCAUAAGAGGCACAGAACACCGAAGUGUGUCUGAAGUGGUUAGCUUCACAACACCAGGCUGUGAACCAGACCCUCCUCUUGCACCCAAACUGAUUAACAGAACCAAGAACAGCUUGAAUUUACAGUGGAAAGGUUCCAAUGAUAAUGGAUCCAAAAUAAGCAGCUUUCUUUUGGAAUGGGAUGAGGGUAAAGGUGAAGACUUCAAAAGUUGUUACAGUGGCCCCAUGAAACAGCACAAGAUCAUUAAACUGCGUGCUUCUACAAAGUAUUCAUUCAGAUUAGCUGCCAAAAAUAACUUUGGCUGCAGUAAUUUCAGUGAAAUAGCGGUCUUCUAUACAUCAGGGAACACACCUCCAACACCGCUGCCACCUAAGCUGAAAGAAGCAGGGGUCUACAGUUUGUCACUAGAAUGGUGUGCCCCGAAAAACCUAAGCCCAAAUGACAUUGUUACUUAUGUGCUAGAGAUGGAUGAAGCAAAAUAUGGAUUAGGUUUUAAACCUAAAUACAAUGGAGAGGACCUCUGCUGCACUGUAAGAAAUCUUCAGAGAAAUACUACAUACAAGUUUCGGAUUUUUGCCUACAAUCUGGAAGGAAGAAGCAACUCCAGUGGAGAAGUAAGAUAUAGUACUCGUCCAGCUAGCCCUGGAUGCCCUAAAAAACCAUAUGUCAUGGGAGCAAUCCAGGCACGUCAAGUGAAAAUUGGAUGGGACUCACCCAAAGAUAAUGGUGGGAUGAACAUUUCAAGUUACAGUUUAGAAGUUAGUGAAAAUUCAAACGGUGCGAAUCUCUGGAACAUAAUCUACAAUGGCACGCUACAAGAAUUUCUGUAUGAUGACCUCCAACCAGGCACCACAUAUAAACUGAGAGUCUUUUGCACUUCAUCUAUAGGCCAAAGCCAGCCUUCAGAGGUAUUGACAAUUCAGACACCUACUCUUCCUCCUGAGUCUUGCCGUUCACUGUCCUUAAAUGGUAAAACAAAGGGCAAGAACAACAACCUUCUCCUUGACAAACGUUCUGCUAAUGGGAACUUGGAAACACCUUUGCGUGGCAAAAAAUCAAAAGGUCCUCGGAAUGACAGAAAGGAGUGCCCCAACUCUGAAAAGAAAUGUGCACUUGGAUCUCAGGCAAUGAAGUGUGGAACUGUACAAGCCUGGCACCCUCCUUCUCGGUGUGGUACACCUGUGCUAACCUGCAAGGCUCCAACCUGUGUUAUUGUCAGUUGGGAAAUUCCUAAAUGCAAUGGUUCUGAAAUCACUGAUUACCGACUACAGUGGGGGCAAGUUGAAGAUUCCAUGAAUUUGAUUUACACUGGCCCUUGUCUGAGCUAUGAAGUUAAAGGUCUUAUUCCGGCAACCACGUAUUUUUGCAGAGUCCAGGCUGUAAAUAUAGUUGGGGUUGGAAUGUUUGGAGGAACUGGAAAAAUAACUACACCUGGAACUGUCCCAGCAGUAGUUCCAAUGUUACAAGAAGUUGAAAACAAAUUGCCUGCCAAAUUGUCUUCAACUUGCCUAGCUAUCCAAUGGGAGGAGCCAGACUGCCAUGGCUCUCCCAUCACCGGAUAUAACAUUGAAUAUGGAGAUAAAAAAAUCUUGACUGUCAAAACAGUAACAGAGCAUGUCCUGAAAAAUCUACAACCUAAUACUACAUAUAGAAUCAGAAUUCAAGCUAUCAAUCAUUAUGGACUAGGCCCUUUUAGCCCACCAAUUAGAAGCAAAACCAAGCCACUACCACCAGAUCCUCCACCUCUUAAUUGUGCGGUCUACAGACACCAGAGUCUCAGACUCAAAUGGGGCACCUCCUCAAGCAAAAAACCACUUGCCAACUUUAUAAGCUACAACUUAUUCAUGGAAGAUCGAUAUGGCAGAUUUUCUGUCAUUUAUCAAGGGUCUGAUUUGAAUCACAAAGUGCAAAAAUUGAGUGAAUAUACACAAUACAAGUUUAAAAUCCAGGCAUGUAAUGAAGCUGGUGAGGGACCAGAGUCUGAUAUCUACACUUUCACUACUACAAAAACCCCACCUCCUGCACUUAAAGCACCUAAAUUUCAUGUACUGCAUAACAACAGUUGUGAGAUAAAAUGGGAGUCCUUGCAGCCAAUGAAAGGUGAUCCCAUUGUUUACUGUCUUCAAGUCACCAAUGGAAAAAAGACUGAACAGAUUUACAAAGGACCGAACACUUCUUUUACCUUUUCCAACUAUCUUGCAAAUUCACGAUAUCGCUUCAAGGUCUGUGCUGGACGCCAAUAUGAAUAUUCAAAUGGCAUGCAAGAGCUCUGGGGGCCAUAUAGCCCCAGCACACUUUUUUCGACUUAUAAGCAUCACUCCAAGAAUGGCAAAGGCAGUGGAGGUAAAGGAAAAGGCAACCACAAUGAGAAAGAUGAAAAGUACAAGACAGAGAUAAGUGAUGAUACCUUUGUUCUAAUCCUUCUGAUAGGAUUUGCACUUAUUGCCAUUUUGUGUGCUGUUGCAAUUCAGUACUUCCUGAUUAACUAG